UACUCCAAUUGGCUGGCUGGCUCUCUCGUAUCCGCGGGCACUGGGCAGUCGUCCUCUGCGAAUACGCUCUGUUCGUGCUUAUCGACCACUCUCGGUGCCCUACGCCUCCGAGUCCUCGAAUCAAUGGAAGGAGAAGAGGAUUCCAACAGUCCGAGGGGCAAAGAUUAUGGAAAAUUCGAAUAUGGAUGCGAACAUUAUAAGAGACGGUGCGAAAUCCGAGCUCCUUGCUGCAACCAGAUCUUCCCCUGCCGCCAUUGCCACAACGACGCCGCGAAUUCCUUACCUGAUCCGAAAGAACGGCAUGAGCUGGUCCGGCAGAAUGUGAGGCAGGUUAUUUGUGCAAUAUGUCACACCGAGCAAGAGGUUGCUCAAGUCUGUUCCAAUUGUGGCGUCAAUAUGGGGGAAUACUUCUGCGGUAUUUGCAAAUUCUUUGAUGACGAUACCUCGAAAGGACAGUUUCAUUGCGAUGAUUGCGGAAUCUGUAGAGUUGGCGGUCGUGAUAACUUCUUUCACUGCCAGAAUUGUGGGGCUUGCUAUUCAAUGAGCUUGCAUAAUACACAUUCAUGUGUUGAGAACUCCACGAAGAACUACUGUCCUGUUUGUUACGAGUACCUAUUUGAUUCGGUUAAAGUCGCACAUGUUAUGAAGUGUGGGCACACUAUGCAUAUGGAUUGCUUCAAACAAAUGCUCGAGAGACAACAGUACCGAUGUCCCAUUUGUUCCAAGUCAAUGCUGGAUAUGUCUUCUACAUGGCAGAUGUUAGAUCUGGAGAUAAGCACCACACAGAUGCCUGGUGACUACAGAUUUGAGGUUCCGAUCCUGUGUAACGACUGCAAUCAAAGGAGCAGAGUGAUGUUCCACAUUUUAGGACACAAAUGUGAACAUUGUGGGUCGUAUAACACCCGCAGGAUCUCAACCCCACAAGACAACACCGUACCCCCACCACCACCGUAGUGGAAUCUAUAACUGACACUGUUUUGCUGAACCCGGCAAUGCUGUUUUAUUGGUUGCUGGCAGAAACCAUGUGUUUUUGUAAUGCAUGUUCUCCUUGGGGCAACGAAUCUAUAUUAUGAUGAUAAAACCAUGGGUUUGAUUAUGCAAUAAUCAGACCUCCUCCGA